UCGAGUUCAGACGCGUUUGUAGCGGGAGUCCUUGCAAUCGUGCCGGUAUUCUGAGUGGGGCGGAAAAAUUCGUCUGCCCCAUAUUUAUGUGUGUACAGAUUUGCGACGUCGAUUGGGCAUUGACACUGGGGAAAAACUGUAGUUUAUGAUUUUCCCGGGAUCCGAAGUGAUGGAAUUCGAAUUUUUCACGGGUUGCCAACAAUCGCUAUCACAAGAGCCGCGGGAAAUAAAUUGACGGAAAAAGUUUCUGCUGUACUAACCAUAACUUGCUCGCCUUUUCUCGGCACCAGCCCUUUUGGAUCGUGAAACUAUGGAGAAGUGAAAAAUUUUCCGGGUGUGUUUCCACCCGUACGCGAUGCAACCGGAGGAAAAUCGAGGACAGGCGGCCGUGGUACAUCGAGAGCGAGAGUUUCACAUUUAGUUUUCUAGUGUUUUUGUUAGACCGGAGGUUUGUCGGAGGAUAAUUUAUUGAAUAGUUGGUUCCGGAACACUUUCCUCCAGUGCAGCAGCUGUGUGUUAAGAUCGCUUUUCAGAAGCCGUCAUCAUAAUUCGGCAAGGUUAUGAACAAAUAAAAAAAACAUGCACUGAAAAGGUUGGGUCGAACGCGAAAAGGGAGGUGAUAGAGUUCGAUGAAAAUUCCAGCUUUCGCUUCCUGUCUCGUGGCUCGAAAAAGGAUUGCAAAAACGUCCCUAAGCCGGUAAGGAGGAGUGUGCGUUUUAUAUUUCCCAAGUCUACUCUCACACGUACGUCGCAGUGUGAACCUGUGCAAUUCACAUUUUCCGGAUCGCCGCGCGCGUCGUUUGUGUGUGUGCGUGUUCGUGUGUGAAUUAUACGAUGUGUUCCUAUUCCGACUAGAGCACUUUUAUUUCGGCCCAUUAGCUUAGAUUAGUGUACGAAAUCAUUGGUCAGCGCGUUUCGAUUCGCGGAAACGGAACAGAAAAUGCUGCAAUGUCCCAUCCGUACUGCAGUGCGAAGACCCAGAUGGAUGGAUGCAGCUGUGAUACGGCCAGUCGAACGUAAACGCCAGAUGACGCACAGGGACGCAGCCGAUCGGGAGUAAAUUGAAACGGAAAUUUAUUGGUGUUUACACUGUUGCACCUUCGCAGCUUGAAACUGUUCCAGCUCGAAAGGUUUCAAUUCCGGUAAGUGGUGCGGAUGGACAGAAAGGCAUUAUUACGCUAGUUUGAAUUUCCGUAGCGGAAAAAACUUUCGAGAAAGUGCAACCCCGAAUAUUUUUAUCGCGUGAGGAAAGUAGGAGGCCUCCGAGGCAAUAUCCUAAAUCAACCGAAUGAAAGGAACAUCCUCUCCUCCGGUAAGGCACUAAUCGAACAUUCCUCGCUUUGUCGAGUCAGUCGGUCGGUCGGUCGUUCGGUCGUACGGGAAUUAAAUCACGAAGGAAAGUUAAAGAGUGCUAAUAAACCGUCUGCAAGUGGAUGCUACUGUCAGGAGGAAAAAACCAGGUGAAAUUUACUACAUUGCAUCGUUUUGCGGUUUGCGAGCCAACUUUUCGCUGGAGCUGAUUUGGGUCAACCGUAGCGUUAGUUGGCGGGAAAAGCUGCACAAGUUAUAUUAUUUUUUUCUUCUGUACAUUGUAUUACCAUGCGGAGGCGGGUGGGAAAUGCUCACGGAAGAGUGCGAAAUUAAAGCGUAUACUAUGUAUUCUCUUGUGAUGUAAGUGUUCUGCGGUUGUGCUGAAGGUUCACGGUUGGCAGGUCGCUGUCGGAUGAGUGAGUGCAUGGAGAGCUUAAAUGUAAAUAAUGGAAAGGAUAAUUUAUGCACUGUGACGAGCUGGCCACGCAAAUUAGACCGACACUGUUCCAUUGUUAAUCAGCAGGUAAUAAACAGUUUCGAAUUGUGAUUGUCAGCAGCAUCACUUAGCAAGCGAACCGGGAGUAUCUUUCGCAGCCGUGGUGCAGUGAUUGCGAAGAUUGCGGACAACAAAUAGGCAAAUUAAAGUGUGGAAGGAAGAAAAAUUAACAUCACGAAAACAGAUAUCCAUUUGCAUCGUCGAUGUUGCGAGCGCAAAUCUUUUCAGAGUGCAGCUCGGGUGCGCCAAACAAAUCUGAUUCAUGCAAUUUGAUCCAUAUUCCGCGUAGUCUGACAGUGUGCAACGGGGCAAAAAAUGCCCGGGCUUUAAAAUGAUGAGGCAAAGUGGAAAUCAGACAAGUUAUGAUGAUGUGAUAUAGAGUGUACGCAAGACACGUCCCAAUCAGCCAGUCGGGAAAGCUACGCUCUGCCAUGACCGUCCAUCCUGUUGGGGAUUUGCGCCCGACUGGAUCCACAGCACCGGUAUCUACCCUUGAGCGACGGGUUUUAAGCUCUCCUCACUAGCGAAAUUAUAUGCUAUAAAUUUUCCUGAGCUGCCUGCCUGCCUGCCACCUCGACUGGGGCAUUAGUGGAAAUACGGACAAAGUGGGAAAAGUGCAACUGAAGGAAUUAAUAAUAAAUUAUAUUUUCUCCAUUUAUUUCCCAUCCGACCGCAAACCGCCGGAAGCGCAGUGCUCGUGGAAGUGAACCAAAUGUAGUGAAAAGAAUAUAUAUUAGGGAAAAAUAUGUAAUUUUACAGGGGCAGUUUUUAUGUUUUUGGGUAUACUCUCUUUUUAUUUUUAUAUUUUGUACCAAUAUUUUGUUUUUCAUUUUAACUCAGUGAAAACAUCUAGUCUAGACGGGAAACAAAUGUCGGUGCCACUCUUGGCGUCGAAUGUUGUCUGAAAACGGAACAAAAAUGUGCAAUACUUAUGAAUAUUCCACCAAAUUCGCUAAAAGUGCUGCCGAAGUGUGUGGAAAAAACGCUCCAGCUAGCGCCCGCUAGACAACGAAACUUAACAUGAAGCGGAGGGUAACAAUUGUGUAUCCUCCGGUGAGUGUAUCCCACCGGUCGUCCGUUGGAUCCCGUUGGGAGGCCACCACUGCCAACGGAUGCGGUAAUCAUAGCUACACUCCCACAUCAUCGUCGAGCUCAUCGUCACCGUCGUCAUCGCCCGCUUCAUCGUCAUGCUCGUCAUACUCACCAGCCACGUUGAGUGCCUCGGAAAAACAUACAUCCUCCAUUGAAGAUGCCCUGAACAACAACAGCAGGAGCAGUAAUAAUCAUGCCGCAUGGUGCAAUGGGGCGGCGGCGGUACACAGCACAAACAGCAGCAAUCAGCAUGAUUCACAAAAGUGCAAUUUUAACAAAAAUUGUUCCGGUCAUCUUGUCGGAUGCGGUUGUUCGACCGCUUCGGUGACCGGCGGUUGCACUGCAAAUAGUAGCGAAAGCGGCAGCAGUAGUAGCAGCACCAGCAGCAGCAGCAGCAGCAGCAGUAGCAGUGGUCAUACUAGUGGGAAAUACCGCAAAGGCAUGGGUGCUGCGUGCUGCGAGGAGGGAACCGACGACUGGCGGGUGUACUUCUUUGUCGGGCUGAUUGCCGUACUGUGCUAUCUAAACGGUGUCCAGGGUGACUUUGUGCAUGACGACAUUCCGGCAAUUACGAUGAACAAGGACGUGCUCGGGCUCAGUCCCGUCUCGCAGGUGUUCCGGAACGACUUCUGGGGCGCCCCGAUGGCCGACCUCAGUAGCCAUAAAUCAUACCGACCGCUGACGACACUGACAUUCCGAUUGAAUUAUAUAACCUUCGGCCUUCGCUCGCUAUGGUUUCAUGCUACCAAUGUCGUGCUGCACGCUGCCGCCUGUGUCCUGUUCACUCGGGUCUGCACGACAAUCGCCAGGCUGCGGAAAAAUUUCGCCGUAUUCGCCGGGGUGUUAUUCGCCGUACAUCCGAUCCACACUGAGGCGGUGACCGGCAUUGUGGGGCGCGCGGAUGUCCUGGCGUGUAUAUUUUUUCUCAUCUCGCUUCUAGCGUACCACGGCCACAACGACGAACCGGACAGUAACUCCCUCUGGCUAAGCAUCCUGUUCGGUGGACUGAGCAUGCUGGCCAAGGAAACCGGCAUUACGGUGUUUCUACUGAACGUUGCCUAUGAUGUGUACCGAAACUGGGCCUCGCUUAAAAAGACUAUCCUACACGUGAGGUGGAGUGAAGAGACACACCAGUUUGGUCGUCGUGUCUCGCGGGUUUUGCUCUCCAUGGGGGUCCUGCUGGCCGUGCGGUUGGCGCUACUGCAAGGUUCCCUGCCAAAAUUUUCCCAACAGGAUAACCCCACGGCUUUCCACCCGAAUCUGUACGUUCGAUUGCUGACGUUCUGCUACCUGGCCGCGUUCAAUUGGUGGCUUCUGCUCUGCCCGUCGACACUCAGCCACGACUGGCAGAUGGGUUCGAUACCAUUAGUCACAUCAAUAAGUGAUCCUCGAAAUUUACUCACGUUUAUUGCGUUUUUUGCCGCCAUACUGCUUGUCUGUCGGGGAAUACUGGAUUUCGAGCAUCAACGUCACGUUCCGGUCGUAUUAGGGUUUCUGUUAUUAGUUCUGCCGUUCCUGCCGGCCACAAAUUUGGUCGUAACCGUCGGUUUUGUCAUUGCCGAGCGAGUGCUGUAUAUUCCAAGCAUGGGCAGCGUCAUCCUGACGGUGUACGGCGCUCAGCAGGCUUGGGAGCGAUUACCAAACAUGCGGAAGCCAAUACUCGCCUUUUGCAUACUACUAUUCGCCUCCGGAUGUCUGAAAACUCUUUCCCGCAACCUAGACUGGAGCUCGCGGGAAGCCUUGCUUAGAUCCGGUCUAAAAACGUUACCACACAAUGCCAAAAUGCACUAUAAUUUCGGCAACUUUUUGCGUGAUUCGGCUCAACCGGAUCAGGCAAUCGCUCACUAUCGGGAAGCGCUGCGACUGUGGCCAACGUACGCCAGCGCGCACAACAACAUCGGCACACUGAUGGGCGAACUCGAGACGGCCGAAUACCACUUCCUGGAGGCUAUCAAAUAUUCGUCCGAGCACAUUAAUGCGCACUACAAUCUCGGCCAGCUGUAUCGGAAAGCGAACCGAACCGCGGAUGCCAUUCGGAUGCUGGAGCGCUGCAUCACGCUGGAGCCCCUAUCGACGGCGGCCUACCUGGAGCUGGUGAAACUGUACAGCGGGUCCAAAGUUGGCCAGUUGCUGCGGCGUGUCGUCCUGCUCAAUCCGUACGAUGCCGAUCUGCACCGGCAUUACGGGGAUUGGCUCGCGAAGCAGAACUUGCUGCUGGAGGCGAUUGUACAGUAUCAAGAAGGACUGCGAAUAGUGGAAACACAUCAAUUAUCGGUAAUCGGAGCCUGCCGGACGCUGCGGAAGCUGGGCCAGCGCUCACGUCUUCAUCAGUUGAUAUUAAGAUGGCAAUUUAUAGUGCGCUUAUCGAACGGUGGCAUCCCGAUACAGACGGAGAUCUAUCUUCGUGAUUGGAGCAUAAAGCACGAACUGCGAAACCGGGCGAUGGUGUACGACACGGGUGGUUCCGCCCACGGAGCUACCGGCAGUGGCCCUGGCAGCAGCAGCGGUGGCGGCGGUGAGCUGAACGACGUCGGAAGCAGCUCCAUGGAUGCCAUCGCCGUAAAAGAUUGCAGUUCAACAUUGACCGCAUACGACGGCUGCCGAAGUACCACAACAGGAGGCCCUGUCGUAGGUCCCUCGAUUGACCCAGAAAUCAGCAUAAGAAUUUUGCGAGCACCGCACUGCAACCGCUCCGAGCACCUACCGGGAUCAUUGAAACACUGUAAAACAAUACCGAAUACGGCAAGUUCGCCCCCAGUCAAACCAUCAUCGUCGAACUCGAGCCGAUCCAAAGCCACUCGCCGAGAGGACUCCGGUUCCGGCAGUACCUCUGCGGCCGGCGCGAAGAAUAAAAAGUGGCCAAAAUCCCGACACAAGCACAAAGGAUCUCCAGCCUCGUCGGAACAGCUGGAACCGAACUCCGAAGGGCUGGCACCUUUGCUGGUGUCCAAUCUGCUGGACAAACUUUAACCGGGGCCAGCCGAGUGUAGCUCAAAAAUGCCCAGCGGCUGCUGGGAGAUUCUCCCAUCCGGUGGCGAUUGUGAAUAGAAAUCGGUAGGAACAUAGAUAUGAAACGUCUGAUUUACCCACUUUGUUCGGUUUCGUUCCGUUUGUAAACUAAAAACCGAAAACACGGACGCAGCCAGUAACGUGUUGCGUUCCGGAACAAUUGAAAGCAAUUUUUCGUCAAAUGUCCAGGGAGUAGAUACAGGCAGUACUGACAGGAAACGGAUUAAGUAUUAUAAACGGUGCAACACUCUUGUGACAUUCGUACAGUUUAGUGUAGCGGCUGGACGAGGGUUGAGGAAGACCCGUCUGAUGCAGUCAGUCUUUUUCAACCAAUCGAUCAGCUGAUAGUGUACAGCAAAAUAAAACUCAAUCGAUAGUAAGUGAUAUAUUUCGGAAGGCUUGCUUAGUUUAAAGCCGUUAGUUUCUAAGCAUCUAUCUUAAUCGGUAAGACAGAAACAUGAUAAGCGAGUAACAAAUCCCUAAAGAAUAACCUACAUUUGUGAGUGAGAAAAUAAAACAAACAAACAAAUCGCAGAACUGUUUAGUUCAGUGAUCCAGACUGUAAAUUGCAAUCCAUGGAAUGUGAGAAAUACGAACGGAAACCUAGAGUAGCAUUUAUUUUUGUAAAACAAUUGUAGUAGGUGUUGGAAGUUAGCUAAUACAAGCUGAACAUGGAACAUAAAAAAAAAGAAUAAAUAUAGCUUAAGCUUGGUGAAAAAUUGGGAAGCUAGUUGAAAAUGCCAAGUGAUAAGGAUCAGCAAGGAACAGAACAAAAAUAAGACUGUGAAUAUACAAAACAAACAAAAAAACUAACAAAUGAGGAAAACAAACAAGCCAAACCAUGCGAUUGCCAUUUCGGUCCUUUUUCGUUCCGCUCCUUACCCGUGGCCAAGAGGUAAAAAAGGGAAAUAAUUUACAAGGACUAUUGAACAGCACGAUUCAGUGCAAACUGUGGAUAAACGAUAACAAUAACGGUUACGGUCUAACUACAUCUUCACGCAGAGGCGUGACGAGAGAUCUAACCUCGGAGCGGAAAGGAUGAGUUAAAGCGCGAUUCCGAUCCUGUAAACCGAAAAGGAGGUGCCCCACGAUUAUUAUCCGCUACUGUGCGUGGCGAUGGUGGUGGAGCUAUAAAAGCUGAGCAAAUGGCACCAUAAAGCAACAAUUUACGAUAUAAUUAAGUUAAUUUGACCUAAACACGCUUGGUUUAACCGCUACAUCGAUGUACUGCGUUUAUUGAUGGAACACCGAGACUAGGGGCAAAUGAGAUAAUGAGAUAGCGAGGCAGCACUGUUGACCACAGAGACCCUGCCGCGCCGCCCCCGAGUUGGUGGUGUGGGAGACUAUGAGUAACUGAAUGAGUGGGCAAUAAAAUAGCUUACUGACGAACGGAUUGAUAGAUUCUUCCUAUCCAGGAUGGGUUGAUGGCUGUGUGGAUGGUCGGUCGUUCAUUUCAUGCGUCAUAUAAUUUCAUGUGCGUGUACGUACAUGCUGCAGGUACAUACUGCUCUAUCUGCACGAUCUGCACGAUGCGGCAAAUAACCUGUCGGACCAGCCAGCGCGCGAUGUCCUGUUGACGAAACUGUGGGGAGCAUUCAUUUUUGUUCGAUCAACUCGUGCGUGAUGGGGCAUAUACUGGCCUAUCGUGCUGGAUGUUGCUUGUUAUCGAAACAAAUAUGUUAUACUGACAUAAGUUUAUCUCGAAAACAUUAGUUGAGCAUUUCGAGACAGGAUGACAUUGAAAUUCGAUAAAAUUUAAUCGAACCAUUUGAAUUUGAAUGAAAGCUUGCUCAUGUAUUUUCAUCGGAAGCGAAGUGUUUCAGAGUCAAUAUUAAUGUUUGAGAGAGUAUUUACAUUUAUGGGUACACUCCCUUGAUGUCACUGUAGCUCUGUGUUAUCGAUCAGUUGCAGUUAAAAUUUCUAGUAUAUCUGGUGAAAACGUAUUUUUAUCGUAUUCAGUUGAAAUUGAUGCUGUUCGUAACCAGAGAAAUGUUUACAAGAGCAACCUUCUUAUGUUUAUGACCACUUGCAUAUAUUAUUACAUCACUGGCGUAGCGUAGUGUGGGCAGAGGGGAGGGGAACGGUGAGAUAAUUUAUAAAUUAGCUGGAGGUCGGGAUGAAACCCUCGAAAAUUAUAUAAAUUAGUUUCUAGGAUAAUAAUCUCAACCAAUUUUCCAAAAAUGGUUAGCUUCAGUGCAACUUCAAACGAACGUUCUAACUCUCUCAAUUUUUGAUAACGAGAUGGAUUCAUUGCAACCUGGCACUGUGUUACAUACUUUCGAAUUAUUAUUUAAUACUAAAUGCAUAACUGAACAUAUUAUAAACAAUCAAAUAUGAACUGUUUUUGCCUAAAACUCGCCUUUAACGAGAUAUUCGGAAUUCAUUUUCCAUAAAUUGUGAUAAGCACAACGAGAUAUGAUAUUAAAAUUUGUUAUUAAUUUCGUAUGCGUGUUAGAACUUGAGCAUCUUUCGAAUAAUACGAUAAGAACUCAUAAAAAAUAUGAGAUUGAUGAAUUUUGAUGUUGCUAUACUCUCCUGCUAUGCAACUGAAAAACGCGAUCGAAGUUAUUUUCACCAGAAAAAAGAUUUUAAAGCCGUAUCCUAUUCUGUUUUAAUAUAACUUGUAUAGUGAUCUUCAACAAGUUUCCAAUGUUCUACGAUGUUGUUUGCUAUUACAAAACUUAUAGUGUAACCAAAGAAAGUUUAUUUUUAUCUUUUAUAUUUUAUUAGGUAUUAAAUUUUUUUAUUGGGAUAAUGCAUUAGUUUACGAACAAAUAUCUAAGAAAUUCGCAAAUAUCAGUAGACAAAACUAUUUCUAUAUUAAAGUAUAAGUCAAAAAUCACUGAAUUCAGAUAUAAACAUUUGUCUCUCGCUGUCUGUAAGGAUUGAGAACAUGCGCUCAAAUAUCAACUUCUCAGCUCUGUUGUGGUCGCCUAAUUUUAUUUUUACAAAUUAUGUCGCGGAUUUGCUUCAAGGAAUAUCUCUUGGAUUAUUAGAAUGAAAACAAAUGAAGUGAUUUCAUGCAUGUUUCUAUUUCAUGAAGUAUAUUAACCUAUAUAAACAAGUGUUCUCAUUGAUAGAUAAAUCACAAAAUUGAUACUCCUUCAAAAUGGAGAAUAAUUAAUGAAACAAAUUUGCUAAAGACGGUUUUGAAAUCAUUUUAUUUGAUCAAAAUAAUUUAGAUCACGUUUUUCAGCUUUGAAAACUGCGUGCAUCGAUUUGUAAAGCUGGAAAUUGUUUCACUUAGAGCAGAGUUUCCGUUAGUUUUUUUUUUAACUCUCAAUGCGCUUCAGUCGUCGUUUUUUAUAAAUGCAAUGAGAAAAGUAACUACCAUGGAUUGGGGUGAAUUGAUCGAUAUUUAUAAUAACGUAUGCGUUAAAAAAUGGACUUUUUUCGAAUGGUGAUAAAAAAAUAACUAAGGCAGAAAAUUGAGUUUGAUAAAUUUCCCAUGGAAGGUAAUCACGUUAGCUUCCUCGCAAAAAUAUUUUACGUCCUUACGUGUGGCCUUCCGGCAGUUAACCGGAAUAUUCGGGAUGGGGGACAAAAACAUGCGUGUAGUCAUGUUUUUUGAUUCUUUCGUCGUUUUAAUAAUGAAUUCCUCCUCAGUUUUCACGACAAAAUUGUUGAAGUAGAUCUUACGCUUCAGGCUUGGCCAGAAAUCCUCGAUGGGACGCAACUUGGGGACGUUGGGCGGGUACUUAGGUACCACAUCAAGGAGCUCCAUCUCUUCCAACAAUCGCUUCUAGUAGUGGACCAACGCCAGGUCCGGCCAAAACACCACGUCUUCGGUCUUUUGGUAUUUCUUGAUGAACGAAGCAACUUCCGGCAGGCACUUCGUAUUAUAAAUUUCUCCGUUCACGGCCAGUCCAGAGCGAAAGAAGAGCGGCUUUAACAUCCCUUUCUGGCACCUUCUUAGGAAACAUGGUGUGUGAAAUAAACUUCACCUCGGUGCUCACUUCCUUCGUUGGGAAGGUAAAAUAUGAAAUGCCCUGCCAAUCGUUAUCAUACAGGUUGAGAGAGGUCUCGUCGUCCAUCACCAAAUAACCACCAACACGUCGUGAUUUGCCGGGAAAAUCGACUUGACCAUCCUAUUCAGGCACUACCGCUGUGUCAUUGCCUGCAGCUCUGAGACUAGUGUACGGGACUGCUGCUUCCUAACAUGUAUGUCCAUGUUCAAUGUUUAGCCGGUUGCACCGACUUCCUGGCCGAGCACAAGCAGCGAUGUAGCCACUUUUCCCUCGGUCUUCCUCUUGAGCAUCCUUUGAAGCUUCUUGCCGCUCAGGGUCGUCGCCCGUCCGGAACCGGGCUUUCUUUCAAUGCUCUGAUUGUUGCCCAAUAGUGCCAAGAUGUUGUAGAUGUCGGAACAGGCGUAUCCGGUGUCCACGAGCUGCCGCACGAUGCCCUUUUACGACGCAAUGGAGUACCGUUCUUUAAACGCGCACACUUCUGAACGGAGUUGCUUCACUGUUUUCGCCAUCACAGUUAGAGUUUGACUGAUAGAGCUGUCAAUUUUUUCUGCUGACUCAUGGAUUAAUAUGAUUGAUGCUGCAUGGGUAGUUUUGUCAGUGCGUGUAAAGGUAAACCCAUGAAAAAUCGUCAAAUUUUGUCCAUUUUUUUUAAACGCAAACGUUAUUCUUCAAUUAACUCACUUUAUGUAGAUUUUUCCCGAAAUAGUUUAUAUUUAAAAUAAGAACUGGUAUGUGUUCAAAAAAGUUGAGUCGAAUGAUAUAUGCCAUUCGGCCCUUUGGAGCACUUUUAUACUUUCGGUUUUGCAAGUGAUUGCUAUACCUUUCAAGGAGAAAGGCAAAACGCGUAUGGCUUUUGGUGAAUUUUCUAUCGUUUACUUCAUGAAAUAAUUUCGUGAAUUCUAUGUUACCUCAUAGUACAUAGAAUUCACGGAAAUCGGGGUGGAAUCGAUCACCCUUGAAAUCCAUACAUUCUAUUGAAAAUGUGCUAUUAUUCAUGAUGAAUGAUGAUUUCUGAACUGAAAAAUAUCAAUCACAGCUGUUUUGCAAACGAAAAUAGUAACAUUUCAGGUUAAAAUCUAUUCAUUUUAGCUCACAAGAUGAAGUUUACAUGUGAUCAUCGUUAGACCGAUUUCAAUUCGGUUUGUUGCAAAAGGUCAAAAACUAGCACUGAAUUUUUUUUUGUAAUUUCCUGCUGAAUAAUCAGUAUUACAUAAGUGGUAUAAUCAUUGUUGGAAAUUGAACUACUUGAGGUUUUAUUAAACUCUACUCAGUUCUUUAGAUUUAACGUAAUUUACACUUAAUUCAGUUUACUUUAAGUAAAUAAAUUUUUUUUUUGUUAUUUUUAACUUGUCUUUUAAAAAUUAAAUAAGUUUUGACUGAGUUAGAGGAUUUUCUCGAGAAUGUGUAAAGUUGCACCGGGCAUGGAAAGGUUAACUUAGACCGGUAGGUUAAUCAAGCAAAAGUUGUUUUUUAGGAUACGUGAACAUUACCUAGUGUUGUAAGAUCAGUAUCUUUUAAUUAGUAUUAUUUAUCACGAAUUUAAAGGUGAUGAACUCCAUCCCACUGAUCAAUUUCACUCCAUUUUAUGGUACAAAUGUCAAUUGUUUAGCACAAAAUCAUACGUUUUCAUAAAACAAAAACUACAUGAUGCCAUCAUAAAAUCACUAGCGUAUCAAAGUGGUUUUUUACCAUAUGUUUUCGCUUGCUCCAUCACGUUUUAGAUAUGUCAUAGUUGACCAGCACUUAUUGCGGACGCCAUCUAUUUACAAAGAACUUAGUUAAGCACCUUUGGAUUUUAAAAUGAUAUCAUACACCAAGUUGUAUUAUGAGCAUAGAGAUUCUUGAAAUAUUAAUAUAGGGAAGUAUUUCGAGUUUCUUCUCAGUGUUACAUAUCUUUGCGAAAACCAGAAGGGAUCAGAUAUCGAACAGGUGUCAGAUAUUCAUUUUUUGCAAAAAACGGAAGUCAUCAUCAUGCAUUCAAAGAUGGUAUCAGAUAUCUUUAUCUGGUAUCUAGACGUUCCAAAAAUGCUCAUAUUUCGGGAAAUAUAAUUCUUUUUCGUAACGAGAGGUUGCCAUCUUAAAUUCGCAAUGGACUUCGGACACCAAGGCUUGAUUUACAGACUUGAUCAUGAUUCCAAAAUAUUUCCACUCCAACCCAGUUUUCCAGAAUUCCGUAGUCGCCAUCAUGGAUUUGAAAAUGACGUCGAAUAUCAUGUUCCUGCCUCUGCACAUUCAAUUUCGACUUCCAUACAAAUUCAAGAGCCUGAAAAUACCCGAUUUAAUUUAGAAAGAUUUUAAAAUGUACGAAAAACCUUGUCUUCUUUAUCAAUUGAGACUAUUUUUCAAUACAUUUAUGGCCACCUGUUUUGUAUAAGAAACACGUAUAUCAAGUUUAAUUCAAAUCAGGGAUUCCAGAGUUAUGUAGGAACAAUGGUGUAGCCAAGAGGGGGGGGGGGGGUGGUUUUAUGUUUUAUUUGCGAUGUUUGGGAUUUUUAAUUUUCGCUUAUUUUCCGUCGGUCUAAGUUCCGCCACUGUUGUUGUGCCAAUCACCGACGCCCGGGAGGCGACUCCACCCAGAACCCUAACUCACGACCCGUUGGUUAACAGACCGGCGCCAACGGCUUUACUUCCCCAUGCGAUUUUUCGCCUCAGAAAAUCUCCCGGUGUCGGCUAGGAUUGAAUCUAGACCAGUUGGGUUGGUUGUGAGUGGAUCACGCCACCCCACAACCGGCGUUGGGAUUCGAACCCAGGCGUCGAGCGUGGUUGUUGGCGGAGACGCUACCAACCCCGCCAAUGUUUGGGUUUUGUAUUCGUUUAGCAUCAGGGUUGAAAUGCUUCGUUUCUUCGGUCCCUAUGCGAAAUUUCGGCUUCGUGGGACUUCGGGAAGUGUGGCCUCAAAGUGUUCAAAGUUUCGCUCAUAUGAUCGACGAGAAAAUAUCGGUAUGAAAUUAUCGAAAUUGAACCUUUUUUUAGAAAUCAAAAAUCCACUUUCUGUCUUCUAGUUCAAAAACCUACUGACUCGACGAUCGAACGACUACUAGAACUUUCUAAGACUUGAUUAGCAUAAACAGCGUUUCGAUAUCAAAAAUUUUAUGCUUUUUUAUCUGCCAAAAAAGUAAAGCCUUGACCGCUUUGAGGCUCGACUUCCGGAAGUCCAAUUGCAAAGAUGAGGUUAAUCAUAAAGGCCUUUGCAGGGACUUAUAACUCAGAAUUCAUCGUACGUGUGGAGAAAAUUAAGACCGCCCGGAUUCAAGAAUGAUGCUAGAUUAAUUCUAUCAAUCAAAUUCUUAUGAAACCUCGGAGAGAAACAAUUUUUUUUUCUUAAUUUUCCACCUGUCUUUUUAUAGCUUUUCAUUUAUUGGCUUUGAAAACUUCAUCGCUAUUCUUCUUUGUUGUCUACUCAUUGCUCUGCCAUGUGGUUGUUGUUGUUUCUUCCGUGGAAAACAAAGUUUCUAAAAUCAUGUCUGUAUGUGGGAAUGGAAUGUUUUAUUUGUACCUCUGGGAAAGAGGUUGCUGUAGGAUUGAGUUGGAAUUAUGCAUACAGACUUUUAUCAAGAAGACAAAACUUUUCAGACCAACUGCUAAACGAAAUUCCAAACAUUAUUUUGAAUGUUGUAAUCGAAUUAAACGUUGACUGAACUACAUGUUAAUUUCAAUAACACGUGCGUUGCACGGUAUGCAGUACCGCUAAUAAUAACAGAAAAACACUCCAUUUCCUGAGUUGUUCUCUCCUAUUCUCUCUCUUCAAUAUUCUGUCGUACUAAUUUCUUGAGUGGAACGCAACCCGUAUUGAAAGUGAGUGAUAUUUGCGCGCCAAACCAUUAUUUUUCUAAUGCCGUUUUGUAAGACGAUUGUAAUGGAUUCAGGGGAUUCGCUGUCUUUCAAGCUGUCUCUCUUCAUUACUCUCAAAAUUCAAAUUUUUCAAACACACACAUACAAAUAAAUUUUAACUUUUAUUUAGAGUUUUCAUUUUUUAAUAAGAAAUGUCUCGAAAACGGAUACAUUUAGUGUUGAUGAUUUGAGAUGACCACUUUAACUCUACUAUAUUAUCAGAAUACUAUAAUUCUUGAAUAACGUUUGGUUUUCAAAAAAUCUUUUCAACUUGCCCUCCGAGAAAAUAAUGUUCACUUCACCAAGAAAUUUUCACUGAAAUUUCAUAUUAAAAUUUCAAGUUGGAAAAAUCAAUACUAAAGUAACAUUUUCUCUCGUUUUUGAAUAAUAAAAUUCCACUUGAUUCUUAAAUUUCUACCCUUAACUUCCAUGGCGGUCUGUUUCUAGUUUCUUGAGUGUGAUUUCCAACAUUUCCAAAAUUUUGCUCCACUUGGUCCAAUCACCUAACUCGCUACGCGCCUCUAUGUCUUGUACCGGCUAAAUACGAGUAAAACACAAUUCCUGCGAGAUUGUUGUCCGACAUUCCAACAACAUGUCCCUCCUAUAGUACAAUUCUAGCUUCAGCGAGUUUCUGGAUACUGGGUCGCCGUAGAGUUGCGCUAGCUCGUGAUUCAUCUUUUGCCUUCAUACGUCAUCCUCACAAACAUCGCCGUCGAUAUUUCUGGGCAUAUGGCGUUCAAACACAGUUAGCACUUUGCAAGUCCUCGUCGAGCCCGUAUUGGACUCCCGGUCUAAAACGUUUUGUACAUGGUGCACUUGGUAUGGGGGCGAGAAGUACCUUCCGUAAAUCAAAACAUGAUCGAUUUGUGACUCGGUCUGUUAUGGUGAUCUCGAAGUGUACCGACAUGCGAUGCUAUGUGGAAUAAGUUGAUGGCCGUUUUCGUGAACCGGUGUGCGCUUAACUUGCCAAUAACCGGUCUAAAUUCUUCCUCUUGGCUAACUGAGCAUUAAGAUCUCUGAUAACGGUUUUGAUAUCACCUCUUGGUGAAAUAUACUAGGCAUGCUUCAACCGCACGUGAAAAGUUUCAUUGUUACUUACAAUACUAGUCCUCAACUAAAAAAAAAACUAAAAAACUGAUAUAAAAAAUAACUUAGACAGGUAAUUAAGUUUGAUUAUUUUCCCAAGGAAGGUUAGCUUUUUUUCCUGUAUGGACUUCCACACUGCGACCAGAAUCGUUGAUCUAUUGUGAGAUAUGCCCAGGUGUCUGCUGUAACCCGCACUUCUAUUAUUAACAAUACCGCUAUUGAGAAGCGGCAUGUUUACUAUUAUUUUUUAUCAGCGCUUUGUGUAAUGUUCUACACUUCCUUUUACACACUUACUGUUCUCCUAUACCGAAUCUCGUUCCUCCUCCAAAUAUCACCAAUUACAGUUCCCUGGAGAAGUUUCGUCGUGCGUAAUUGUAGAUUAGAACGUAAAGGAAGGGUAGAGUAGGAAGAGUUAGGAGUCUGAAAAUAAACCCAUACCUAAAGUCCUUUUUGACAUCGAAUGGCUUGAUUCUACCAAGAUUCGAACCCACGACCGCUUGACAAAGCGGACUCUGUAACUUUGCGGCUACGCAGUUCCUCUCGAUAUAUUAGCUUACUUGCAUAAAAGCUCUUCACCCUUGUAAGCAGCCUUCCGGCUGUUAACCGAAUCAUUUGCGAUGGCAUAUAGUCACGUUUUUGAGUUCUUUCUGGAUAUUAUUUUUCAAUUCCUCCUCAGUUUUCGCGACAAAAUUACUGGAGUAGAUUUAACGCUCCAGACUUGCCCAGAAAGUCCCGAUGGAACGCAGCUGGGCGGCGUUUUAUGGGUUCGCCCACUUGGAUACCGUAUCGAUAUUCAGCCGCUUCAUGUUCUCCAACGAUCACUUCGAGUAGUGGGCUGACGCCAAAUGCGGCCGUGUCCUAGCCCUUAUGGUAUUUCUUGAUAACCGACGCAAUUUCCAGCAGGCACUCCGUACUAUAAAUUUACACAAAUAAUUUACACAAAUAAUAAAAAUCGGCUUAACCAUCUUAUGCAACCGCUACUACUGCAGCGAUGCCUGCCGGUCCGAGACCAGUGGACGGAAUUACCGCUUCCUGACAUGAACCUGGCCAAGCGCAUGCAGUGAGGUAGCCGCUGUUCCCUCGGCCUUCCGCUUCAACUCCUUAUGAAGCUUCUUGUCGCUCAGGGUCGUCGGCUUUUUGGAAUCAAGCUUUCCUUCAAUGCUCUGAUUGUUGUCCAAUAGUGCCAAGAGGUUGUAGAUGCUGAAACAGGCGUAUCCGGCGUCCACAAGGUGCCACACGAUAUCCAGGAUACGCGGCAGGAUACCGUUCUUUGGACGCGCACACUUCUGAAGGGAGUUUCAGCCAUCACAGUUAGAGUUCGACUGGUAGAGCUGUCAAGUUUUUUUUGCUAACCAAUGGAUUACUAUGAUUGAUGCUGCAUUGCAAGUUUCGUCAGUGCGUGUGAAGGUAAACGUUAAUCCUGAACUUGUACAUUCUGUGGUCGAUUGACCACCACCCAAGUUUAUGCUUCUGCUUUUUAUCCACCACAAUGAAAGCUGUAUCUAACUCGUGCAUGUUGUCGCAGCUCUGGUAGAUGGUAUCUCCGUACGUAUGUAUGUAAUCUCUGCCAGCAUACUGCAACGCUACUUUUGAAAUAAAUAAUGGACUAACAGUUCCGUGAUUCUAGUUUCUAAUCUUUAGUCCAUUUUCUUUACCUGGGUCUAUGCUGAUUGUUCCGGUCCGUAUUCAAUUUGUUUUUUCCCUAUACUGUUAGUUUCUUUGGCUAGCUUGUAAGGUCGGUAGCAACCUCCCGUCUCGCCAUAGGAACAUCGGGUCAGCACUGUUUAGAGUCCCACGCUACAGAAUCAAAGAUUGGCAUGUUCGAUUUCCAAAUGAUUAUCAGCUUUUGGGAAUCAUCCUGGUUUCGAAAAUAAAUUUAUAUAUUCCUAGACGCCAUUCAUAAAUUACGUAACGGUCAUAAGGGGAGGAGAGGUUCUCUUGAAAUUUAAGAACUGUUACAUAGUAGAGGGGUGAAGGGAAGAUCAGCGUUACGUAACAAAAAAUCUCUGAGAAGGCUAUAAUUUAUUAUAAAUCUAGAAAGAAUUGUAAUUCAGACGCGAUGUUGGCAGUAGAAAACUGGUCUUAAUAAGUCUCCUUUCUCUUGAAAGAAAAAAACCUUUCUUAUAGUCAACUGUUCAGAGAAGUGUUAUUCCUCUCCAGCAAAGUGUAAUUGGCGAUAUUGGCACGGAAACGAGGGUUCGAUAAGACUUCCGCGUUUGCGCAUAAUAAAUCCCUCUUAGAACAAACUUGACCUACGGGGAAGGUUAGUUGAAGUCUCUCUCUCUCUAGGGAAUUGUAUAGUAGGGCAAAAGUAGACUUGAAAAGUAAGGGUAGAACCUAACACACACAAGCACGGAUAUAAGUAAUAAGAGUACCACUCACAUCAAUAGUCAUAAUUCUCUGAUCGUAGUGAUGAGUCCACAUAGAAAACCUAAUUUAAUCCACCUAGCGGUCAGACCCAGCCUUUCUCAUUAAAACUUUUAUUUGUAAAAAUAGAUUUACAUGAACGCUUCAAACCAAUAAAUGUAUAUUCACUCUUUAGGUUCUAAAAUAUUGAUGUUGUAAUCUAUACAUAUAAAACUGCAGUCCGGUUUGUCUGUCUGUUUGAUCCAUAUAGGCUCGAAAACUACCGAACCGAUCGACGUGAAAAUUUAUAUGUAGGGGUUUUUGGUCCCGAUAACGGUAAAUAGUUUGAGGCCCCUCCCUCUUCUGGAAAGAAGGGGUCCAAUACAAAUGAAACAUAAAUUUCUGCACAACUCAAGGACAAACCAAGCAAAUGAAACCGAAAUUGGCAUGUGGGUGUUUUAAAGGGUAACAAAUAUGUUCACAAUGGUUCGACGCCCCUUCCUCUUCUGGAAGCACAUGUUUCUGCACAAAUUUCUGCACAUCUCGCAAACUAGUCAACUAAAUGGGACCAUAUUUGGCAGGUGAAUGAUUUUAGUGUUAACAAAUAUGUUCCAUAAUCGACCUCAGCCAACAUUUUGGAUUGUAAGAUGGCAACUUCCGGUUUCUGCAAAAAAGCCAAAAAUGGACGAUUUCCACCCAAUGUAAUAAUAUUCGGAUAAAGAAUGAUACACAGGAGCUAAAAUCGACCACAGCUACCAUUUUGAAUUCUAAGAUGGUGACUUUCGAUUUCAGAAAAACAGCGGCCAACGACCAAAUACCAUCCAAUAUUGGUGUUACUGGAAUCGUAAUGAUUAUGAUACCAUUAUGAAUUGUAGGAUGGCAACUUGUGGUUUCUGGAAAACAGCCAAAAAUGGCCGAUUUCCGUCUAACAUGAGUAUCUCCGGAUCUAGAAUAAUACAUGGCAGCUGAAAUCGACCGCAGACCUCAUUUUAGAUUCUAGGUUGGCGACUUCCGGUUCCUGGGAAAUAGCCGAAAAUGAUCGAAAUACACCCAAUAUGGGUGUUUCUUCAGCCAGAAUGACGCUCAGUGGCCAGAAAUUAUCUUAAAUACCAGUUUGAAUCCAAAAUCUUCCGGUUUGUGAAAAACAGUCUAAAAUAACCAAAUACCAUCCAAUAUGAGUAUCUCUGGAACCAGAAUGAUGCAAUGAGCUAACAAUUUACCUCAGGCACCACUUUGAAUCGCUGAAUGGCAACUUAUAGGAAACAGUCGAAAAUGACCAAAUAAUACUCAAUAUGGAUAUUUCCGUAACCGAGAUGAUGCAUAGAAGCCAAACAUUGACCCUUGACACCAUUUUGAAUUUAAAGACGACCACUUUUAGUUUCUGGAAAAGACCCAAAAUAACUAAAUACCUCCCAAUAUGAGAAAUGGGAACGUAUAGGGCAGCCAAACUUUGAAACCACGUGUUCUAUCAUAAUUCAUUAGUUAACCCUUAACUAGCCCGCUCAUCUCAUAAUAAUAUUGAUCAAAUCGGUUGUGUAGCUACUGACAUAAUGAAGUUUUGUGAUUUUCACAUUUCGGUACAUUACAGACGAAGUUACAGUCCGAUUACAGUAAAAUUCAAUAGGGUGUUACGAGGCAGCUAGACUUAUUAGUUGACACUAACUUUGAGGAAAUCAAGUCAGCCAUCUCUGAGAAAAGUGAGUGAGUUCAAGUAGUCUUCGGAAUAUGUUCCUUUUCAUAGCUGGAUUUCACAUUUUUAAACAUAACAGGCAAAGUAAUAGUCUGAUCGCAAAACAAAUCAAUAGGGUCUUAUGGAGCAACUAGACCUUCCAUUUGACACUGAUUUUAUUAAAAUAGGUUCAGCCAUCUCUGAGAAACAUGAGUGAGAUUAAGUAGUCUUCAAAACACGUUUCUUGUCAUAACUUUUGAACCACAAGUCCAAUCUUUAUGAAAUUCGAAAGUUAAGGGUAUUUCAGGUAGCCCGUUCAUUUGAAUCUAAUUUUGACUAGACUUCAUCCCGGUUCCGAAAAUACCCAUUCUACAGUCGAAUGAACCUCAAAACAAAGGACACUAUAUCAAUAAGAUCAAAGGCGUUACGGAAUUUUGAACUAAUAUAAAAGAUUUACAAUUUUUCUCAUCCACAAAUUAAAUUUUCGUUCAAAGAAUUAAGAGUAUAAUUCAUACCAUAUUGGACCAUAUUGCGACUAGUAAUUUUGAUCUUCUGUGGCAUUGUCCGCAUGUUUCUUGCUGUUCGCACAUUUUUUUUCCUUUUAGCAAUAACACAGGUAUAUUAUUAUUAGAAUGCUUGUAUUCCUCAGUUACUAUUCUUCUAUCUUCUUUAUCGACUUUAUCAUCGCCUCGAGCAUAUUCGUCUCAAGCGUAUAACACGCUUGAGGUGAUGAGGUUUCUGAAAGUUUAGAUAAGAGUUUUUCAGUCUGGAAAGAAUUUUUUUUUAUACCACCCGCUUGCCAAAGCGGUCUCUGUAACUUCGUGACUGCGAAGCUCCUCAAUUAUAUACUGACACAUAAAGACACAUGGUAGUUUAUUUGAUUUCUGAAAUUUAUUGUCAUUACAAUGGAAAAGUUGGGUUUUACUUAAGAAUGCAGAGGUCUGGAACGGGCUAUGAACCGAAAAAUUUUAAUUCUUAUUCAAUUUGGUCAGCAAAACUAAAUAUGAUGAAAAUUUAAUUAUAGAAACUAUUUACUCGAAACAUAAACGAGACGAGAUUUUUUCUUUAAUUCGCACAGAAAUAUUUCGGAACGAAACAGUUGUUCGCGAAACGUAAAUCUCAUCAUUGGAACAUUCCGGCAUUGCAACUCUACACUCGGUUGGCGAAGCAAUUUUAAGGCAACCUUGUUGGUUCGCUGCAUUAAAUCCAGCAGAAGUGACACUAGCUUUUCAACGUCGGAAAACAGAUUAGAUUCCGCUGUACAAUUUCGCGCUGAGCAUGCGGGUGUCCUUAACGCUCCAAUGGCGGCUUGUCUCGUUUCAAGUGGCAUCCCGAAGAGCAUUCAUCAGUGGCAUGCACGCGGCUAUUAUGUGUACACGUAGCUCAACUACCGUCAUGCGAGGUGAAAUGUUUUAAACAUCGAUUGAAACAAUGCGUCCUUCUCUUUAGGUAGAAGUUGUUCAAAACCACACGGUGUACAAUCGAUGUGACACUGCUGCGACGUGUGUCCUCAAGUGGAGUGCAUCGUUCAAAUAUGCGUGUGCUCAAAGCUACUAAUCAAGGCGUAAGCUCAGUAAUGUUAGCAUGCUGUCAUCGGCUUCAGAAAAGAAUAACUCCGGCGUGUUUUUUCUCGUUUCAAGGUGCAAUUACUACCCGAAUAGCAGAGGGGAAUCUGCUCAUUUGACGAGAGCGAUGAGCGUUUUUGUUUUGACAACAAACAUAAGUAUUGAGACGGAAAAUGAAGGGAAACAUAUUCCCUUUGUGUUCGAUUGAGGGAUCCAUGCACAAUACAAAGGGUCUGUUUUCAUUGUGUAUACGUUACAUGUUUGUACAUACUGUUGGAAAGUGCAGGUUCUUGAUAAAGCAAUGAAUAAGUCAUGAGCAAUAUGUCAAUGCAUAAAAUAUCAAACAGCGACAAACAUCGACUCUAACUGUGCGCUCCAAAUGCAUAUCUGCCAACUUAAAAGCUUUUUGUUCAACAGUCAGCCGCUCACGUCUCCAACCCGCGUCGACAGACAACGUUCAUCAAUUCUCAUUUGCUUCUAGAGGAUGGUUGAAAAUUGUACAUACUACUGACAGUCAGUUGAUAAUGUUUUAUUCAUAAUGACAAAUGAAAUGAUAAUUUAAUUUUUUUUCUCUGAAAGGUUUUCGAUAGGUAAUUUAACUAACAAACUGUAGAUAAAAUGCAUAUGAACGAGGUUACUAAAACUUCAGAAUGCAUACCGUCAGUAAGGAAAAUCCUUCAAUACCGAAAAAACAGAGCGAAUUUAACCCGACAGUGAACAGGCGAGGCAUAUUCAACUCGUAAUUAUCGGAAUAGUAGAGCGUAAAUAUCACAACCAGCAAUGAUGAAACAAUUUAUGCAUUACAAGUAAACUGGAAAAGGUGUGGCACCAAAGCGGUGCACAUGCGUGUGGCAAAAAAACCGAACUUAAAAUAAAUUUAUUGCGAACCAACUACACUGAAACGAAUAAGAAAAGCAAAUAUUUCACGUAAGCUCACAAGAGCAUACAAAAAAUUGUAUGGUUAACGAAAUGAGAGCAAAAAUCAUUUCGAUACUGAAAAAAUACGAAGAGAACUUCACAACACAAACAACUAUAAAAAAACCAAACGAGCAUGAAAACAAUAAGAGUGCAGGCUUUUUAUAUUUAAACGAAAAUAAAAAAAAACCGAUGCAAAA